CGGAGAGCACCCCGCACCCCGACCUCGGACCCCAGACUGCCCCGCCAUGGGUCGACGUCACAUGUCUGCCGAGCAGGCGUCUGCUUACCUAGGUAUCUCUCUCCAGAGAGGUAAAGAAACAUAGAUACAGGUAACAUACCGCGGCUUGGUGUCCUGAGAUCAGACAGCUGCGAUGUCCAUUGCUUUCAGAGUGUCUGGAUUUUGGUGUGCUGGACUUUGUUCCGGGGGUGAUGGAGAUGUGGAGCUGCGCGAAUCGACUGUCGGUCAGAAGCUGGGACGGAGACACAAGAAUGCAGUACAUGAUAUGGUGAUGGUAUGUCGUCAAUCGAGACCAAUUGCAGGACAGCAAAGGAACAAAUGGGGGUGCAGAGUGAUCAAAUUGUAUGUGUAAAGGUGGUGUAAGAGUGUGGAACAGUGUGUGCUCCUGCACUGCUCCCGCAUCAUGAGAGGGACGGGUCAGGGUCUCAGACCAGCACACCUGCGUCGUCGUUAGCAAUUUUCGCGCUCACAGCACAACACAUCACACCAUCCCCCUUGAAACCAUAAAUGAUAAAUAAAAUACGAUUCUCGUGUCUCC